GAGACAGAUAGAGAGAGAGAAAUUGAAGAAAGGAAACCAUGGCGAAUUGGGAUUGGGAAGACACCGAUUGGGAUUGGGAAGACACGGAAGACUCUUCCUGCGGUGAGGAGCAGAAGCAGAUUGACAAGGAGUGGCUCGGUGGUAUCCUAAGGGAAUUUCACAAAAAACCGGUCACGAUAAUCGAGCGUAACGUAAGCCCGGGCUGUAUGAGUAACGAAAGCGCGCUCAGCGCUAUAAUUCGCGUUAAAGUCAAGUACGCUUUGAACGACUCGAACACCACACAAGACCUCUCACUUAUCGUGAAAGAGCUUCCUAAAGAUGCGUUCAGUCGUUUCUUCGUUAUCGAAGGCCAGUUCGAUCUUCGAGAGAUUAAAUUUUACACACAGGUUAUGCCAGAUUUGAAGGAUUUUCAAAAGAAGCAAUUAAUAUCCGAGGAGGACAAUUCGAACGAGGAGAUCCAUUUGUCUGUUCCGGUGUGUUAUCAUGCACAUUACACACCAGCCGACGAAUCGGACGACAACCCAACGACACCAGACUCGAUUCUAGUAUUACACGAUCUACGUGAUUCCGAUUUUCGAAACGUGAAAUUUCGAGAAGGUUUGACGUACGAUCAAACAAAGGUCGCGUUAGAUACAAUUGCACGUAUCCACGCGCAUUCUUUAGCGAUGAAAAUAAUCGACGGACAACCUCUGUCUGAACGUUACCCAUUCCUCUUUCAAACAGCAAAAGCGACAGACUCGUAUCAACAGCUUGUCGAACGUGGCCUACCACAGCUUGCGAAAUUUUUGAAAAGCACACCCGGAUUGGAAACGAUACUCGACGCUCUACUAGUACUACGUCCUAGAACUAAACACAUAAUAUCCGCGCUUCUUGCACCGGAAGGACCAUUGGCGCUAAUUACACACACAGAUUUCUGGUGCAACAAUCUACUUUUUAAGGAAGGACCGUCUGGACUUGAGUGCUGUAUUCUCGAUUGGCAAAUGGUUACCUAUAGUAGACCGACUAACGACAUCGCUUUGUUGCUAGUGAGUUCUUUGCCAACUGAGCUACGCCGAAAGCACUCAGAGACUUUCCUUGAUAUUUAUUGGGACGCGCUAACCAACACGUGCUCACGUCUCGGUGUCGACAUUCCGAAAGAUUUGGGUUACACGAGGGAUGAUUUGAACAAGGACUACAGGCGGUCGCAACUUCUCGCGCUUCUUCUUUGUAUUGGAUCCGUAGACGUUGCCCUGGGCGAUCCCGAGACCGAGCAACGCUUAAUCGACGUUCUAAAAGAUCUUCAUGGCGAGGGUGUACUUACUGACGAGACUGCGAUCGCCGCCAGCGAAAACGACCCUUAG